UUGCCUGGUAACUACGCUGACAGCCCAAACAAGCCAGUCCAAAUGUCCGAGUCUCCGAGCUCGCCAGCCCGACAGCCGGCGUGUGACAAUGCGGACGAGCCGUGUGGAAUGUGCCCGUCCUGCCUCUUUCUCGUCUCCAGAACAAGCGAGUCCUCGCCCAGCUCGCUGAACCUGUGGAAGAUCUCUGACGAGUCCCGCCGGAGUUUUAUUGUGGGGAUGCUGUUGCGGUGCAGGAGCGUGCCUGUGCUGGAGAACAUCCAAAACUCGCUGCGCCUCACCUCCUGGAACUUGCUUAGCUACGCGCCCAGCAAGGGCAAUACUUUGCCGGAGCUUUACGCGCGGCUAGACCGCAAGACGCGCCCGGCGCCCUUGAUCCGGGAGAUCUGGGAAUGGUUCAACGAAAGUCCGGAAUGGGUCCAGACACGCUACCUUUGCCUGUUGCUGCUACGGUGCGAUCCGGAACUGCUAAGUAUGGCCAAGAAUCUCAUCAAUGUGGCGGUGACCAGGCGAGAGCUGGACGAGCAGAGUUGCACAAGUACACAACAAAUCCCAGCCAGCAGAGAUGAGUCCAAAAAAGAUGCAUUUUUUCCCGUCCUUCCGGUCCUACCUGCAAUCUCAAGGUUUUUGUCAGGGCUCAACAGAAACCAAGACUUCAUCAGCAAACUUCCCUCUGAUUUGUCCAAGAGGAUUUUGGGUACGUUCACAAAUAGCACCCUUUUAUGUUUUGAUUUGUCCUCAAUAUGCUCAGCUUCAUCUAGAAAAGUAUCUUUGCAUUUAAUCAUAAUAACACAUUUGCAAUUAAUUUCUUUGGAAAAUGACGAUUAUCAUUUUUCUUAUAGCGUUCACAGAGCACUUGCUGUGCCAUCAUCAUCAUCAUCAUUGGUGAGGAAGAUUGUAAAUAGACUCCAGAUGGGGCUGCUCGACGAGACGAUGCUAAAGCGCUGCAUGAGGGUAUGCAAGACCUGGAAGCAACGGGCAGGGGAGACCAUGGAUGAGAUACGCUUCAGGAAACUCUACCAGGACCAGGUGGAGGCCAUGAUGAAGCGCUACAAAGGUGUUCAAAUGGUCAAUCCUUCCUACGCGAGGAUGGUGGACGUCGCGGUGCCGGCCGAGGAACAUGAGAGCGGGGAAGUGAAGUCAACACACAUGUGGCCCUUUGAAUCGGCCUACGCCAACAUCCGAACCAAGACGGUGCGGAUGGAGGAGCGCAACAUUUACUGCGGCCCGUAUUUCACGUCUGUGCUGAUCGACACCGAAGAUCCCCACCGUGUGGUAGAUUACAAGGGCGGGCCCAUGCUAAGCACGGCGUCCAAGGACCGCGCCGUGCGACUGUUGUACGUAGGGGCCACGACCAAGCAGGUGGGGCUGAUGAAGGGCCACGUGGGCAGCAUCCGUGUUGUCCUGCUAUGCCCUGAGCGCCAAUGGGUCAUCACGGCCAGUUGCGACACCAGCAUCAGGUGUUGGAGCGUAAGGACGGACCAAUGUGUGUUGGUGUUUUAUGGUCACUCCAGUAUGAUCAACUGCCUUGACAUCCAUGCCGAUAGACUUGUGUCAGGUGCCAAGGAUUGCACGGCCAAAGUGUGGAGUCUCCAGACAGAGAAGCACUUGGAGGACUUUAACUUCAAGCACCGCAGUUCUGUGCGCUGCGUGAAGAUCAACGCCACCGCCGUGUUCAGUAGCUGCGACCGAGGCGUCGUCAAACUAUGGGACGCUGAGAAUGCUUCGCUGCUCAGGGUGAUCGACGCCCACAGCAGCGCCGUCCGAUGUAUGUUUGUGGACGAGUGGCACCUCCUGUCCGCCGACACCAACGGUCAGGUGAUGGCCUGGAGCAGCCGAUGUGAAACCAAAGGAUGCCUUAUGACUGUCAGUCAUCCAAAGGAGGUCAAAUCUCUGACCCUGGCUUAUCUUCGAGUGGUCACGGGCUGCGUGGACGGAAAGAUCCGCAUCUUCAACUUUCUGACAGGAGACUGCCUGAGGACCAUCGUGGUGGAGGCCGAGACCACCGGUCGCAUGCUUUCGCUGCACUUCUGCGAGAACAACAUUUUAGUCAACGCGACGAGCUGUGUGAAGCUCUACCAGUUUGCCAAGGUUUUCUGGGAUUACGAGGAGCCGGCGUACGAGGCGAGUUCUGCUUCGAUCAAAAUGCCACCGCCCAAACUGAACCCUCCCUCCACCUCUGCCAAGUCAAAGCACGUGACUACAGAAGAAAUCACACAGAAAUUGAAAAGCCUGCUUCAACCUUUAACGCCCAACAUCAGCCAGCGUUCACGCCACGUGAGCCAGAUGGACAGCCAGCCACAUAGCCAACGCCACCGACCUUUGACAUCCGUCCGGAACCCGCCGCGGGCUGUCAGUCAAAGUUUCACCACCAGACUUCCCCAUGUGAUAAGAAAUCGUGCGACAAGCAGGAAUACAUUGUGAAGGUUUGUUGUGUAGCUUCGAGCAACAUUUUCAGUUCUGAUUCCUCAAAAUUAUUGGUCUUUAUUUGGUGGAUGGAAAAUCAAUCAUCUUCUGAUCUUGAACAUUAUUGGAAUUUCUAAAUAUUUCUAAAUUUUCUAAAUACCUGAUUGUCAGUAGUCACACGCCCACGCAAUAAUCUAUUGUAAUUUCAUCAAGUCCACUAGAGGUCAGUAUAGUAUCAUUGAAUGCUACAUUUUUGAUGCAGAUUAUUUUAUACGCUUCACUUUUUUUUUUUUCCAUAUCACCCCCCCAUCAUACCAUAU